AUGCCCCAAGAAUCCUCCAAAAUCUCCGUCCCCGAUGCGACGGCCGAAGCAGCUGGCGAAGCUGUCGCCGAGUCCAGCAGGCAGCCCGACGCCGAAUCCGCUGACGAGAGCGCCGACGAAGCGGUAGAAGGCGCCGAGGACGCGACGGAGAAGAAGAAGAGCAGGAAGCGCAAGAUAAAAGACGCACUCAGCGGCAAGGGCAAGGAGACUGCUAUCAAGGACACAAACUCGCCUGCAGGAGGAAACCUAAGCAAAGACCAGGUGAGCAUGCUGCUCGACGCAAACCCUGCGUUGAAGAAUGAGCUGCAAGGCAAGGCCAAGAACAAGGCCGAUCUGGAGCAAAUGAUCAAGAAGCUCAACAUCAACGAGUUGUUGACGGGCCUUGCGCCCCAGGGUAGCGCAAAAGACAUGGCCAGCCACGCCUUCUGGAAAACACAGCCCGUGCCGAGCUUUGAUGAGAUGGCGAACAAGGACAAGAUCAAAGAUGCCCCAAUCAAGGAGAUCAAAAUUGAGGACGUGGACAAGAAUCCGAGCCCCAUGUACCCGGGCUUUGAGUGGGUAACGAUGGAUCUUGAGGACGAGAAGCAGUUGGACGAGGUGUAUGAAUUGCUCACGAACCAUUAUGUCGAGGACAAGGACGCCACGUUCAGAUUCAAGUACUCCCCAUCGUUCUUGAACUGGGCACUAAAAGCACCCGGAUGGAAGAAGGAAUGGCACGUCGGCGUCCGAGCUACCGCCUCGGGCAAGCUUGUUGCUUUCAUAUCCGGCAUCCCAAUACAAUUACGAGUCCGCGAAAACGUCCUCAACUGCUCCGAAGUCAAUUUCCUCUGCGUCCACAAGAAGCUCCGAUCAAAACGCCUUGCACCAGUCCUCAUCAAGGAGAUAACGCGCCGCUGCUACGUCGAAGGCACAUUUCAGGCUGUGUACACCGUCGGAUCUCUCCUCCCUACACCCGUCUCAACAGCCCGCUACUUCCACCGCGCGCUAGAGUGGGAAAAACUGUACGAUGUCGGUUUCUCUCCCCUCCCGCACGGAAGUACAAAGCAACGCCAGAUCAUACGGUACAAGCUACCAGAUACCACGUCCACCCCCGGACUUCGCGAGAUUCAGGCCAAAGACGUUGACGUAACCCUCGACCUCCUAAAAAGAUACCUUGAGCGCAUGGACAUGGCGCAGGUCUUCUCGAAAACUGAGUUCGAACACUGGAUCUGCCCUAAGGAGAAGCCAAAGGAGCAAGUGGUGUGGAGUUAUGUCGUGGAAGACCCAGAAACGAAGAAGAUUACUGACUACUUCUCAUUCUACAAUCUUGAGAGUACCGUCAUUGGGCACAAAAAGCAUAGCACUAUCAAGGCUGCGUAUUUGUUUUAUUAUGCGACAGAGGUAGCGUUUGAGAAGAAGGGUGAUGAGAAGGAGUUGAAGACGAGGUUGAAUGCGUUGAUGAAGGAUGCAUUGAUUUUGGCGAAGAAGGCCGACUUCGACGUGUUCAACGCCCUCACACUUCUCGACAACCCGCUUUUCCUCGAAGAGCAACGCUUCGGAGCUGGCGAUGGCUCGCUACAUUACUACUUCUACAACUACCGCGCAGCGCCCAUUCCAGGUGGAAUUGACGCAAGAAACCAAUCAAGUGCGAAGCAUAUGGGUGGAAUUGGCUUGACGAUGCUAUAG